CCGGGCUUGGGGGGCGGCGAGGCGCUCUGCUCUGCUCUGCUCUGCUCUGCCGGCUCCGGCAGCCUCCUCCUGCUGCUGCUCUGUGGCGCGCGGAGCCUCCUCCUGGGCCGCCAGCGGAGGGAUGCAGCGGGCGAGAAGCCGCCUUCGCCUUCGCCGCCGCGCCGGCUCGGAUGUGGAUGUAUCGUAGGCAGCCGCGCCGCCGCGCCGAGGACGGGAGAGGCGAGCGAGGCAGGGCGCGAUGGGCGGCGGCGCCGCUGCUGAAACUUCUCCUGGGCGGCCAGGACUGUUUCUUUAAGGAGUCUCCUCUUCUCAUUUUCAUGAUUCUGGGCCUACUUAAUCAGCGAUGGAGCAGAUGGACUGUAAACCCUACCAGCCAUUGUCAAAAGCUAAGCAUGAAAUGGAUCUAGCUUACACAAGCUCUUCAGAUGAAAGUGAAGAUGGGAGGAAAGGAAGACAGUCCUACGAGUCCCGAGAAACUCUCAACGACUACAGCCAAGAAUUGAGACUGAACUACAACAGCCACAGCCGAAAACGGAAAGCUGUGGAUGAGCCCACACAAGAGAUGGAAUUCUGUGACACUCCACACAUUUUGUGCACCGGCUACCAGUCAGACUUGCAUUCGGUUUCCCAGCACGGCUAUCCGAUAGAAAUGGGAUCGGAUGCGGAUACGGAGACGGAAGGUGGCGCCUCGCCGGACCAGGCCUUGAGGAUGUGGAUGACGGGGAUGAAAUCGGAACACAGCUCCUGUCUAUCGAGCCGCGCAAACUCGGCGUUGUCGCUCACGGACACAGACCACGAAAGGAAGUCGGAUGGAGAAAAUGAAAUGCCGGGCAGCCCUCGCAACCAGUUCACAUUCAGACCGCUCCCACCACCCCCUCCGCCCCCCCACGCCUGCACCUGCAGCCGGAAGCCGACUUCAUCAGCCGACUCUCUCCAGGGAAGAUCAAUGACAACUCGCAGUCAGCCUAGUCCAGCAGCUCCGCCUCCUCCAAGUAGCACCCAAGACUCUGUGCAUCUCCAUAACAGCUGGGUUUUGAACAGUAACAUACCACUGGAGACCAGAAGUCAGUGGGAGAUUUGCUGGCCCUCGGCUGUGGAAUUGCCUUCCACCAGAAAUCAGGAGGACCAUGUUUCUUCCCUCGUGCCAAGUGAAAUGCACUUCCUAUUUAAACAUGGAUCUGGGUCUUCAGCUAUCUUCAGUGCAGCCAGUCAGAACUAUCCUUUAACUUCAAACACUGUUUACUCGCCACCUCCUAGGCCGCUUCCUAGAAGUACUUUUUCUAGACCAGCUUUCUCUUUUAACAAACCUUACCGAUGUUGCAACUGGAAGUGCACUGCUUUGAGCGCCACCGCGAUCACAGUCACGCUGGCGCUGUUGCUAGCCUAUGUGAUUGUACAUUUGUUUGGCCUAACUUGGCAACUCCAGCCUGUGGAAGGGCAGCUGUAUGAAAAUGGAGUCAGCAAGGGAAACAAAGGCACAGAAUCUAUGGAUACGACGUACUCGCCCAUUGGAGGAAAAGUUUCAGAUAAAACAGAGAGGAAAGAUUCGUGCCCAGUGUUAUGCAGUGGGAAUGGAGAGUAUGAAAAGGGCCAUUGUGUGUGUCGCAAUGGUUGGAAAGGGCCCGAAUGUGAUGUUCCGGAAGAGCAGUGCAUUGACCCCACCUGCUUUGGCCAUGGGACUUGCAUCAUGGGAAUUUGCAUUUGUGUCCCUGGAUACAAAGGAGAAAUAUGCGAGGAAGAGGACUGUUUAGACCCUAUGUGCUCUGGUCAUGGAAUCUGUGUCCAAGGGGAAUGUCAUUGCUCCAUGGGUUGGGGAGGAGUCAACUGUGAGACGUCACUUCCUGUCUGCCAAGAACAAUGCUCUGGACAUGGCACCUUCCUUCUGGAUACUGGAAUGUGUAACUGUGACCCCAAGUGGACUGGUGCUGACUGCUCAACAGAGCUUUGCACUCUGGAGUGCGGCAGCCACGGUGUUUGCGCAAGAGGGAUGUGCCAAUGUGAAGAAGGCUGGGUGGGCCCCACAUGUGAGGAGCGCACGUGUAAUUCUCAUUGCACUGAACACGGGCAGUGCAAAGACGGCAAGUGCGAAUGCAGCCCUGGAUGGGAAGGAGACCACUGCACCAUUGAUGGCUGCCCGGGUCUGUGUUAUGGAAACGGAAGAUGUACCCUUGACCAGAAUGGCUGGCAUUGUGUCUGCCAAGUGGGCUGGAGUGGAAUGGGAUGCAACGUUGUCAUGGAAAUGAUGUGCGGAGAUAGCAUGGACAAUGACGGAGAUGGUUUGACCGACUGUGUAGAUCCUGACUGCUGUCAGCAAACGGAUUGUUUCGCCAGCCCUCUAUGUCAGGGUUCCCCUGAUCCCCUCGACCUCAUCCAGCAAAGCCAGCCUCCGUUCUCUCAGCAUCCUCCCCGGCUCUUUUACGAUAGAAUCAAAUUUCUUAUUGGCAAGGAAAGCACUCAUGUAAUCCGGGGUGAUGUCUCCUUUGACAGCAGACGUGCCUGUGUCAUUCGAGGCCAAGUGGUGGCAGUAGAUGCGACCCCUCUGGUUGGAGUGAAUGUGAGUUUCCAGCACCACAGUGAUUACGGAUACACCAUCAGCCGACAAGAUGGAAGUUUUGACCUAGUGGCUAUUGGAGGCAUCUCGGUCACCCUGGUCUUUGACAGAUCUCCUUUUCUUUCUGUGAAAAGGACACUUUGGUUGUCCUGGAAUAGGUUUAUUGUGGUAGACAAAGUAGUCAUGCAAAGAACAGAGGUGGAGGCACCAUCUUGUGACAUCAGUAGCUUCAUCAGCCCCAAUCCAAUUGUGCUUCCUUUUCCCCCAACAACAUUUGGAGCAUCCUGCCCAGAAAGAGGAACAAUCCUCCCAGAAUUACAGGUGGUCCAGGAGGAAAUCGCUCUGCCUUCUAGCUUUGCGAAGCUUAGUUACUUGAGCAGCCGAACUCCAGGCUAUAAAACACUGCUGCGCAUCAUCUUGACACAUUCUACCAUCCCUCCCGGAAUGACAAAAGUACAUCUUACCGUUACUGUAGAAGGACGGCUCGCUCAGAAAUGGUUUCCCGCUGCCACGAAUCUGGUCUACACCUUUGCUUGGAACAAGACUGACAUUUAUGGACAGAAAGUCUCCGGCUUAGCAGAAGCAACGGUAUCAGUAGGCUAUGAAUACGAGACUUGCCCUGAUUUCAUCCUGUGGGAGAAAAGGACUGUGGUGCUGCAGGGAUUUGAGCUGGAUGCUUCAAACCUGGGUGGCUGGUCAUUGGACAAACACCAUAUUUUGAAUACGCAGAGUGGCAUCGUACAUAAAGGAAAUGGAGAGAAUAUAUUCAUCUCCCAGCAGCCACCAGUGAUCUCCACUGUCAUGGGCAACGGACACCAACGAAGCGCCACCUGCACCACUUGCAACGGCCUAUCUCAUAGCAGUAAACUCUUUGCUCCAGUCGCCAUGGCUUCCGGGACUGACGGCAGCAUAUACAUUGGCGACUUCAAUUUUGUUCGGAGGCUCCUUCCUUCCGGGAAUGCUGUUAGCAUACUGGAGUUAAGGAACAGAGACACGAGACACAGCACGAGUCCGGCUCAUAAAUACUACCUGGCCAUGGACCCUGUAUCAGAAUCUCUUUACUUGUCUGACACAAAUACCAGGAGAGUUUACAGAGUGAAAUCUCUCAGCGAGACGAAGGAUUUGGCCAAGAACUAUGAGGUGGUGGCGGGAACUGGGGACCAGUGCCUUCCUUUUGACCAAAGUCACUGUGGAGAUGGAGAGCGGGCCUCAGACGCGUCACUUCACAGUCCCCGAGGUAUCACUGUCGAUAAGCACGGCUUCAUUUACUUUGUUGAUGGCACCAUGAUUCGGAAGAUUGAUGGGAAUGGAGUGAUCUCAACAUUAAUAGGCUCCAACGGUCUCACAUCCACCCAACCGUUGAGCUGCGAUGCUGGAAUGGAUAUCACUCAGGUCCGUUUAGAGUGGCCAACAGACCUUGCCGUCAAUCCAGUGGACAAUUCUUUGUACGUCCUGGACAACAACAUCGUUCUUCAGAUUUCUCAAAAUAGGCGAGUGCGUAUUAUUGCCGGUCGCCCAAUUCACUGCCAGGUGCCGGGCAUAGACCAUGUUCUGGUCAGCAAAGUGGCCAUUCACUCCACACUUGAAUCUGCCAGAGCCAUCAGCGUAUCUCACAGUGGAGUGCUGUACAUUGCCGAGACGGAUGAAAGAAAGAUCAAUCGAAUACAGCAGGUCACAACCAAUGGUGAAAUCUCGAUCAUUGCUGGCGCCCCGACAGACUGCGAUUGUAAAAUUGACCCCAAUUGUGACUGUUUCUCAGGUGAUGGUGGAUAUGCCAAAGAUGCCAAGCUGAAAGCCCCUUCUUCACUAGCAGUAUCUCCCGACGGCACGUUGUACAUAGCAGACCUUGGUAACAUCCGCAUCCGUGCAGUUAGUCGAAAUAAGGCUCACCUCAAUGACAUGAAUAUUUAUGAGAUUGCAUCCCCAGCAGACCAGGAACUGUAUCAGUUCACCAGCAAUGGGACUCACCUGCACACACUCAAUCUGAUUACCAGGGACUACAUGUACAAUUUCACAUACAACGGGGAAGGUGAACUCGGAACCAUCACCAACAGCAACGGGAACUCGGUUCACAUUCGCAGAGAUGCCAGCGGCUUGCCUCUGUGGCUGGUGAUGCCAGGAGGCCAGGUCUACUGGCUGACCAUCAGCAGCAAUGGGAUUCUCAAAAGGGUCUACGCCCAAGGCUACAAUUUAGCUUUAAUGACCUAUCCUGGCAACACGGGUCUUCUAGCAACCAAAAGUAACGAGAAUGGAUGGACAACGGUUUACGAGUAUGAUUCCGACGGUCAUUUAACCAAUGCAACAUUUCCAACCGGUGAGGUCAGCAGUUUCCAUAGCGACGUCGAAAAACUGAUGAAAGUUGAACUCGACACUUCAAACCGGGAAAAUGUGAUCACGGCUACAAACUUUUCCGCUACCUCGACUAUUUACACACUAAAGCAAGAGAACACUCAGAAUAUCUAUCGGGUCAGUCCAGACGGGUCUCUGAGAGUCACCUUUGCCAGCGGAAUGGAGGUCACCCUCAACACUGAGCCGCAUAUCCUGGCAGGCGUUGCCAACCCAACUUUAGGAAAAUGCAAUGUCUCUCUGCCAGGGGAGCAUAACUCCAACCUUAUUGAGUGGCGGCAAAGGAAAGAACAGACCAAGGGCAGCAUCUCGGCAUUCGAGAGACGGUUACGGGCUCACAACAGAAACCUGCUGUCAAUUGAUUUUGACCACCUCACCAGAACCGGAAAGAUCUAUGAUGACCAUCGGAAGUUCACUCUUCGGAUUCUGUAUGACCAAGCCGGCCGUCCCAUCCUAUGGUCCCCCAUCAGCAAAUACAACGAAGUGAACAUCACGUACUCUCAUUCGGGAUUAGUGACUUAUAUUCAAAGAGGGACGUGGACUGAAAAAAUGGAGUACGACCCAAGCGGGAAGAUCAUUUCCAGGACAUGGGCAGAUGGUAAAAUAUGGAGCUACACAUACUUAGAAAAGUCUGUGAUACUCCUUUUGCACAGCCAGCGGCGGUACAUCUUCGAGUACGACCAGUCAGACUACCUGCUCUCUGUCACCAUGCCAAGCAUGGUGCGCCACAGCUUCCAGACGAUGCUUUCUGUUGGGUACUAUCGAAACCUUUAUUCUCCACCGGACAGCGGCGCAUCUUUCAUCCAGGAUUUCACCAGAGACGGACGGCUCCUGCAAACUCUUUACCCAGCAACAGGGCGUAGGAUUCUGUACAAAUACACAAAGCAGUCCAGACUCUCGGAGAUACUUUAUGAUACCACACAGGUCUCUUUUACUUAUGAAGAAUCGUCUGGAGUCAUUAAAACAAUACAUUUAAUGCAUGAUGGAUUCAUUUGCACUAUCAGAUACAGGCAAACAGGGCCGCUUAUUGGUCGUCAGAUAUUCAGGUUUAGCGAAGAAGGUCUUGUGAAUGCUAGAUUUGACUACAGUUACAACAACUUUCGCGUGACCAGCAUGCAAGCCAUGAUCAAUGAAACACCUCUCCCUAUUGAUCUAUAUCGCUACGUUGAUGUGUCUGGUAAAACUGAACAAUUUGGGAAAUUCAGUGUCAUCAAUUAUGACUUAAACCAAGUGAUAACCACCACGGUGAUGAAGCAUACCAAAAUUUUCAAUGCCAACGGUCAAGUUGUUGAAGUGCAAUACGAAAUUCUGAAAUCUAUAGCCUAUUGGAUGACUAUUCAAUACGACAAUAUGGGUCGUAUGGUGAUUUGUGAUAUACGAGUUGGAGUAGACGCCAACAUAACAAGGUAUUUUUAUGAAUACGAUGCGGAUGGCCAGCUUCAGACUGUCUCUGUGAAUGAUAAAACCCAGUGGCGUUACAGCUACGACCUCAACGGGAAUAUCAAUUUGCUUAGCCACGGGAAUAGUGCCCGACUUACCCCUCUGAGGUACGACCUUAGAGACCGCAUCACACGACUCGGCGACAUCCAGUACAGGAUGGAUGAAGAUGGCUUUCUUAAGCAAAGAGGCAAUGAUAUCUUUGAGUACAGCUCCAAUGGUUUUCUGAAUAAAGCGUACAACAGGGUUUCAGGGUGGACAAUCCAGUAUUGCUAUGAUGGGCUGGGUCGACGGGUGGCCAGCAAAUCAAGCCUAGGUCAACACUUGCAGUUCUUCUAUGCUGACCUCUCCAAUCCAGUAAGAGUUACACAUUUAUACAAUCAUAGCAGUUCCGAAAUAACAUCCUUAUAUUACGAUCUUCAGGGUCACUUGAUAGCUAUGGAAUUAAGCAGCGGGGAAGAGUAUUAUGUUGCGUGUGACAACAUGGGCACUCCUUUGGCUAUCUUCAGCAGCCGAGGUCAAGUGAUAAAAGAAAUUCUGUACACCCCUUACGGAGAGAUCUAUCAGGACACAAAUCCCGAUUUUGAACUCAUUAUCGGUUUCCACGGAGGACUGUAUGACUCUUUUGCUAAACUGGUGCACCUGGGUCAAAGAGAUUACGAUGUCAUUGCUGGACGCUGGACAACGCCGAACCACCACAUCUGGGAACAGCUGAGAAAUGUCCCGAAGCCGUUUAACGUUUAUGCUUUUGAAAACAACUAUCCAGCGGGCAAGAUCCAAGAUGUGGCCAAAUACACAACAGACAUUGGAAGUUGGCUGGAGCUGUUUGGUUUCCAACUGCACAAUGUACUUCCUGGAUUCCCUAAGCCAGAGAUGGAUACUUUGGAGACAACGUAUGAACUUGUCCAGCUUCAGACAAAGACCCAGGAGUGGGACCCUGGGAAGACUGUCCUCGGCAUUCAGUGCGAGUUACAAAAGCAACUCAAAAACUUCAUUUCCUUAGACCAGCUUCCCAUGACCCCCAAAUACAGCAACGGGAGAUACACAGAAACAACUAAACAGCCUAGAUUUGCUGCUGUUCCUUCUGUUUUUGGGAAAGGCAUCAAAUUUGCCAUCAAGGACGGCUUGGUGACAGCUGAUGUCAUCGGUGUCGCCAACGAAGACAGUCGCCGCAUCGCGGCCAUUCUCAACAACGCUCACUAUCUAGAGGACCUGCACUUUACUGUAGACGGGCGAGACACUCAUUACUUCAUCAAGCUGGGGUCUUUGGAAGAGGACCUGGCGCUGAUCGGGAAUACGGGAGGACGGCGCAUUUUGGAGAACGGCGUCAACGUCACCGUGUCCCAAAUGACUUCCGUCGUCAACGGAAGGACUAGACGGUUUGCUGACAUUCAACUCCAACAUGGUUUUUUGUGCUUUAACGUUCGCUAUGGGACUACGGUGGAGGAGGAAAAGAACCACGUUUUGGAAAUAGCCAGGCAAAGAGCAGUCGCUCAAGCUUGGAGCAGGGAACAAAGGCGGCUCGAAGACGGCGAAGAAGGCCUGAGGGCUUGGACAGAGGCGGAAAAGCAGCAGCUUCUGAGCACAGGGAAGGUGCAAGGCUACGACGGAUAUUUCGUUUUAUCUGUGGAGCAGUAUCUAGAACUUUCUGACAGUGCCAACAAUAUUCACUUUAUGAGACAGAGUGAAAUAGGCAGAAGGUAACAAACAAGCAAAAGAUCUCUGCCUUUGCAUCACCAAAGACUGCCUGUUUUUAAAACAUUCAGUAAAGGUUUAUUGUAUCGGUUUUUCUAGAUCGGAACUCUGUAUAUACAAAUAUAUAGAGGGGGGGGGGAAACAUAUCCAACUGCCUUUAAAUGUGACCGAAGAUGGUAUUUUAAUAUAGUUUGUUUAAACUCUU